AUGUCUUCUGAGGAUAACGUUGCUCGCGUUACUAGAUCAAGUUCAUCUGCGCUUGGAGGUAUUGGUGCAAAUCCAAUGGGUGAAGAUCAUGUUGCUCAUGUUACUCAACAAAGUUCAACUGCACUUGAAGGCGUUGGUGCAAAUCCAAACCCAAAUCCAAUUCCACUUG